GGAUUGUUGUCAUUGUUGUUGGUAUUGGGGCCCCCGGAGAUUGUUCUCGUAACAAGUUAAAACUAAGAGGAAAUUGAGAGAAUUUAUUAUUAACAAAAUGCAGCGACAACUAUUAAAUACCUUGACCAAGACAUUACGUCAAGGUCAGACGCAAAUGCGCCUAUUCUCAGUGUCAUCACUGCAGCGAGAAAUAUUCAAAGUGCAGAGCACCGAGGAUUUCGACAAGAAAGUGAAGAACAGCCAAACUCCGGUCAUAGUAGAUUUCUUUGCAACAUGGUGUAAUCCCUGCAAAUUGCUAACGCCGCGCAUUGAGAAUAUUGUUGGCGAACAGGCGGGAUCCAUUAAAUUGGCCAAAGUCGACAUUGAUGAGCACAGUGAACUGGCUUUAGAUUACGAUGUAGCUGCCGUUCCCGUUCUGGUGGUGAUGCAAAAUGGCAAAGAGCUCCAGAGGAUGGUGGGUUUGCAGGAUGAGGAUAAAAUCAGAGCCUGGGUGGCUGCUGCUGUUAAACAGGCAAAGCAGUAAAAAACGACGAUAAGAAAAAAAAACACAAACAAAAAAAAUACACCACAUAAAAUGGAGCAAAGCUUUUUAAGUUAAUUUUCUGUUGGACUUUCUGAAUAUUAAUAAAAGAAAUCACACACAUA